CCAAAAACGCAUUUCACUGGAAUUUUAAGACAUUGAAUAAUUGGUUAUGCCUCAGACCUUUGAAUUAUAACUCUAAUUAGCGAGUCAAAGGAUUCAUCGGGCAUUUGUUUCAAAGCGGCGAAAGUCGUAAAACCCUUCUCUGGGGCUAGAAAUAGUUCUAAGCUGGAUCACAUCCGUGGUCAACUUUCUUUUGUUCGCAUCACAGCUGAGAACACUUGGUCUUGAUAUAGACUGGAGAAACCACACGAUAUGAUGUGGUCUAAUGCUGUAUGGGUUGUCUUCUUCCUUGCCCUUCAAAGAGGAGUUUUCGCAGAGCAAACCGCGGAAUUUGUGUGCACGAAGACAGAUGGCAUCCGUCGACAUGUGCGUGUUGAAGUAGUCCCAGACACAAACACAAUCAGAGCAGCAUACGCCAAUGGACAAAAAGGUUUCUGCGACUUUACGUUCGAUGCAAACAUUAACAAAUGGUACAGAGAUUUCGAUCUUACUAAUGGACAGGACUCCGCGGACUUCAAAGACUGUGGAAUGCUUUAUGAUAACGCAGGGGGGACUUCAGACAGUUUCUUCUUCCGUGUAGUGACCCAAGAGCUGUCUGCCGGAGUGUUGCUGGACACAGACAGAGUCUAUGAAAUUCUUUGCGACUUCAAGAAUCUCAUCUCGCCCAAUAAGGUCAACUCACCACAACCAUCUACCAUCGCUGGUAAUGUUGGUGAGGGCCAGGAACAGGAGAUCACAGUAUCCAACGUAGACCUAUUCAUAGUAAGCGCCGAUGGCACUAGAGACAUUACUGGGACGUCAGUCAACUUUCCUGCUAGUAUUCGAGUCCUGGUAGUUCUGUCAAAAACAACAGUACAUAUGGGAGUUAGGGUGAGAAAGUGUGUUGCAUUACCCACGGUGGAUUCGCCGUCAUCUUUUGAAAUCACAGAUUUCAGAGGGUGUGGUCAUGGUGAACGGUUCAUUGGUGACAAACUGGGAUUCACUGGUACGGAUGGCUCUGGAGGGGACCAGACCAAGUACCAGGCCAUCUCCGAGACGUUCCCGCUCUUCAAGUUCCCCAACGUGGACACUGUGUUCAUCACUUGUGAUGUUGAAUACUGCAAUAGUGGAAACAGACAAGAUGUAUGCGACGGGGUACAAUGCAGACCUGUUACUGGCACAACAGCCACGGGUGGCGUAAACAGCCAAGGCGGCACCCAGGGCGGUGGUGGCAUAGGAGGGGGUAUAGGAGGCGGAGGUAUCGGGGGUGGAGGUAUCACUGGAGGCAAUACUAAUACCAACCCAAGUCCAUUUGGAAGACGCAGGAGAGUUGCAACUAAUGGAACAAAUGAUGUGCCCAAGAGUGUCUCGGGCUUCAUCUUUAUUAAUACAGAAUCCCCGGCGAAUGAACCAGCAAGAGUGAGAGGUGCUCCACCCUCGGGUAAAACAAUUUCAGCAGUUUCUUGUCUUCAAAGUCCAGCAUUCCUCGUGACAAUUGCCGUUCUUGGUCUUGUCAUCCUGGUGGCGGUCAUAGCGUCUGUGUAUGUGUGUAUGAGAUACAGACAGGACUCAAAGGCCUCUAAUAUACAGUAUGUGGAGAGAGACAUGGCAGCCACUCCUCAGCCCCAGUAUAUCUAUGACAAUGGUUCUUAUUCCUCAGCCACUAGUUCCAGAUUACAGAGAAUGUAAAGUAUAUGACGGGUACAACCAAAGUACAAUCACCUACGGUAUUGAGUGGUGAUAUAAAUAUUUCAGAAGAAAUAUUGAGAAUUUUCAAAAAACAUAUGGUAUGGUCAGUCACGCAAUCAAUAUCCGAACAACACUCGUGUGAUUCUCUCAUUUGAUGAUAAAUUAUGAUAAUAAUGGUACUGUUACACAACAGAACUAUAUUACUUUGUUUUGAAGCAUUUUGACGAAAGGCUUCGAAAAGUAACAGUGGAUUUUUGAAGUUGAACACAAGCACUAAAUCCUUCAUUAAACAAGCAAAUUAACCCUUACCAAUAGCUUAUAAAAAUGAUACCACUAUUAAUUAUAUAUCUCAUACAUACAUAUGAUAUAGGGAAAACUGUCGGAUUAAAAUAAUAUCCAAGUUAUGAUCAUUGAGAUCCCAGUGUAUUUCAUUUUCUAUUGUUUAUUGUUGUGUAUUGGACAACAAUACAAUAGUUAAAGGUUACAUUGAUCGUUAGGACACUGAAAACAGAUCUUGUGUCUAAAAUUAGGACACUGGAAA